GCCAAGGACGAAAGCGACUGCGACAGCGAGGCGACGCUGAAGCUCGCGGGGCCGAACGAUGAUAGCUUGCACGCUGCUGCGAUUGCCGACCCCGGCUUGGGCAACGGGCAGGCAAGCGACGCCGCGGCGGGCGGCGCCGAGGGAGGCGGCGCCGCGACGGGCGGCACCGAGGGGGGCGACGCAGCGGUUGGCGACGCCGAGGGGGGCGACGCCGCGGCGGCAGGCAGCGCGGGUGGCGCCGCGGCGGCAGGCAGCGCGACGCGCGACGCCGCGGCGGCAGGUUGCGCGGGCGAUGCCGCGGUCGAUGCAGGCAGCGCGGGCGGCGCCGCGGCCGCUGCAAGCAUCGCGGGCGACGCCGCGACGCCACCGACGGCGACGCCGAGUGCGCCCAUGAAGGGGGCGCGGCCGCCGAAGAAGGCCAGGGGGAAGGCGAAGGCUGCAGAUACGGCGAUCCAGCACGCGGCGAAGGGCAAGGCUAAGGGCAAAGCCAUGUCGGCGCCGAAGCCCCCGCCCAGGAAGGCCACAGCCAAGGCGACGGCCGCGGCAGCGCCUGUGCCACCCAGGGCCAAGUCGGCGAGUGCGGCAGCGCUUGCGCCCCCAAGGACCAAGUCGGUCAAAGCUGCAGCGCCUGUGACCAAGGCAGCAGUGGCGAGUGCGGCAGCGCCUGCGCACAAGGCCGCGGGCAAGGCCAUGGCUGGCUACGCGGACAUCGGCAAGUGGAUCCAGAAGGUGCCAGUCCGACCGCCGCAGGCGGACUCGAUUGCUGCGUGCUCGGGGACGGCUACGCCCAGCAAGACGGGGUGGGGCGAGGACUGCUCCUCUCCACAGAGGUUCGCGGUGGGGAGCUUCGCGGCGCUAUCGGGCCCGCAGAGAAGGAGCCGCCUGAGCGACCAGCGCGAGCUGGGCCUGGAUGCUCUCGACGACACGUUCCACUGCGAUCGGCGCGGCCAGCCGUGCGACGUGAUGUCGUCGUAUGCCAUACGGGUCACGAAGAAGGGGCAGGUCUUCAUGUGCAAGUUGCGAUCGUCGCGCGGCGUCGAAGUCGCUCGUUGCGAGGAGCGGGGUGCGAUGAAGGCGCGGCUGCUGCGUUUCACUGAUCACGAGCGGAAGGCCUUCUGGAGCGGCCUGCAGGAAUGCACGAAGAAGUUCGAGGUGCAGACGCACCUGAAUUUCACGCUGCAGACGCUCGCGGAGAAGGGGCAGCGGCACGGCAAGAACGGCGGCUAUUACCCAUUGACGUGGCACAGGAAACAAGGGUCCCCGUGGCGCCGCAUCAGAUCCACGUGCACGGACGCGGUUCAGCACCCCGUGCUGGGCAAGUGCUACCGCGUUGAAUUUCAUGAAAUAGAGCGCUGGGAGCAACAAGUGGGCAGAAAGGUCCAGGAGGAGUCCGCGAAGGGCGUCGGCGCGAGCGGCGGUGACGUUGCAGCGGACGGUGACCGCGAGAGCAGCGAGGGGGUCGACGAUGUCGACAACGCCGACUUCGAGGAAUGCGAGGAGGAGUGCGAAGGCGGCGAGGAGGAGGAGGGCGGCGAACGCGACGAGGUGAUCAGUGAUUCACUUGCGUCGCCCAGCGGCAGCGGCAGCGAUGAUGAUCACGAUCGCUCAUCAGAGGACGGCUCGAGUCACGAGCCACCGACGCCACCCAUCAAGGCAAAGCAUAGCCGCAGGGACGGCACCAAGAAGGUCUCACUCAAGGACGAGCUGCACAGCUGUGACGACAUUGAGCGCACCAGUACCACGCGCAGAGAUAAUAAGCAUCGCAAGGACGGCGAUGCGAAGGUCAGCAAGCACGGUGGCAACACAAAGCUAUCGAGUGAUGCGAUGAUCAGAGCAGCACUGAAGCGCCCUAAAAACAAGGCCGCGCACACGGACAAGGGCAGAAGCAGCAAGGACAAACACAAUGACAAGGGCACACGCAGCAAGGCCACGCGCCUUGAUAAGAGCAGCGCGGGCCGCGCCAAAGACACGUCCAUCCACGCGAGCAGCAAGGGCAAGGCCAAGGGCAAGGCCGCUGAGAAGAAGAGUGCCGACAGCACUAAGGAGAAUAAUCACCGCGACGCCGACGCCCAUGAGAAGGCUGAGAGGGAGAGCGCCAAAGAGAGGAUGGGCACGCUGAAGAAGGCGGAGAAGGAGAAGGCAACCAAGAUGCCCCUGGCGACGCGGGCGCAGGCGAAGCUGAUGGUCCCGCACCAGAGGCUGGAAAAAGCCAUUGAAUCCGACGGGUUCGGCAAGCUCCCCGAUGCCAUAAAGAAGAACGCGACCGACAAGUUGCAGACGUUGUCGGCCAUUCUAAGGGCGAGCUCGAAGAUUGCCUCCAGGCGCUGGGACCCCUCCAAGUUCACGUGGACGGCGACAGAAGCGAACGACAUCGCCAACACGGCGGAUGCACAGGGUGUGUUCGUGAGCACGAUGUGCAAGAGCAUCCAGACCAUGAAGUAG